UUCCCCUCCUCUUCCCUGGCUGGAGCCGGGGGCAGAUGGUCGCUCUGAGAGUUUGAGCAGAACUCAGGAAGGAGAGUGAGAGGAAGGGUGGGAGGAGGUCCAGAGAGGGAGAGGAAGAAACGCAAAGGAGUGGACAGAAGAGGAGACAUGCUUCGCUACGGCUCAGGACGAAAUGUUUCCACCACUACCACCACAACAGAGGACUCCCCAGAGUCUUUCAGUGAGAGGAGGAUCAGGCGCCUCAGGUUAACCCUACACGCGGGGGAGACCGAAAACAAGGAGCCCAAAAAUGCAAACUCGGGCACGUCUGAGAAAAAGACGGACGUCAACGGGGCAUGGAAGAAGAAGAAUGGGCUGAUCCAGAGGGAGAGGCCAGCUGGCAGGGAGUCACCUCAGCAGCAGCUCGGAGACAUGACCAAUGGGGCGCCAGAGACCUCGCUGCAGCAGCAUGGGCCCAAAGUGUACGGCGUUGUGCAGAGGACGGGCUCGGACAGACAGCAGGAGGUGAUGGCGCGUGAGUGGACGGUCAAUCACCUUCAGGAUGAGAUGAGAUACAUCAAAGAGGUGAGAGAUUCUUUGGAAAAGGUGAGAGAGCGGAUGUACGGCCAGUUCGGAGGAAUGCAGCAAUCAAUGCAGAAGCUUUCACAGGAAAUCAGGACUGCCAAUUCACAGCGGAGGAGUCUGGAAUCAGAGGUGAGGGUCCGGACGGCAGCCAUGGAGAGCUUCGAUCAGAUGAACAGCUCCCUCAUUUCUGCGAACAUCGGCCUGCAGAAAUCCCUUCUGGAGAACUGUCAGAGCAGAGUGGACAGGAGGGACGAGGUGAAGAACUUGCGGAGCACCUGUGAGAAGACACAAGAGAAACUCAGAGAGACGGAGAAGGAGCUGGCCGCCGCGCACGCUGAGAACCAGAGUCUGAGACUGCAGGUGGAGACUUCACGGGAGGCCAGCACUGUGGCGCUGCAGGAGCUGUCAGUGAAACUGAGGCAGGAGUACGACGAGAAGCUGCGGGAGGAACAACGGAAACACAGGGAGGAGAUUGAAAACCUACAGGCCCAACUCGAUGAGUACAUCAGGAGACUAGAGGAAGCAGAGAGAAACAUCAAGGCUGCAGAGGCCAAGAUUGCAGAGAGGGACCAGAAGAUCAUGGAACUAGAGCGUCUACUGGACUGUAUGAGCAAGGAAAAGGGUCAACUCCAGAAGAAGCUUCAGGAGUGUGAACAGCGUCUCCGCUUGUUGGAGCUAACAGACACGACUGAUGCAACUGUAGCCAAAAGGUCCAAAGAGCUGCAGUCUGAAAGUAUGGAACUGCGUGAGAGGAUCAAACACUUAAACGACAUGGUGUUCUGCCAGCAGAGGAAAGUCAAGGGAAUGAUCGAGGAGGUUCAAACACUGCGAGCCCAGGUCGCUCAGAAGGAUAUGUUCAUCUCUGAGCUUCUGGACAGAAUCGCAAUAGUGGAGUGCGAGAAUAAUGAAUUAGAAGACAAGCUGAAGUAUUUUGUGUCCAUACAGAAUAAACCUCGUGUAGUUUUGGAAACCAGGGAGAAAGGAGUAGGCUGUGAUCUGCUCCCCAGACGUGAUGCUGAACCUCAUGUUCAGCGCGAGCCAACUCAUCUCCAUCCCAUACAACACCCACCACCCCUCCACCUUCCACCACCAGCGAAUCCUCCAUCACCCACCCAACUGUCAUCUCCACCUCAACUUCUUUCCCCUAAACAGCCAUCAUCUCCCACACAACCUUCAUCCCCUUCACAAUCUCCAUCUUCUUCAUCUCCAACUGAACACCCAUUUGCAUACCUGACAUCACCAACCCAACCUAGGACGUUCAAGUCUAGUAACCCUCCACCCAGCAGGCUGGACUCCAGCUUAUUGAGGUACACUCCUGUCCAAUACAGCCGCUUCCUGCAGUCCAGCCCCACAGUGUGCACCCGCCCGUUUGAAUAUGAGUCUCCUGCGAGUCCGGUCCAGUCCGGGAGGGAUGAGGUGGACGCGGAAACAAACACAGACCCAAAAUCGAGUCCAGAGGAAUCCACGUCAUCUCUGCACUCGUCUCAACCACGAUCAAGAGCCCCCCAAGUUUAUACACCGUUCAUGAAACUCAUGGAAAUAACAGCGAAGAUAAACAUAGACUGAUGAUGAAGAUACAGCUUCACAUUUUGGGAAACACGUUCUCGGCGACAGUUUUAAAGAAAUGUUCAUCACCACUUUCAUUUUAGAUGGUAAACAUGACGAUACAGUUAGCUUAGCUUAGCAUUAAGACUUGGAACGGUGGGAAACCGCUAGACUGUAAGCUUUGUUCAAAGGAAACAAACCUGCAACUCUAAAGCUCUCUAGUGAACAUUACUAUAACUUAUUGGGUAAUGUGCAGACUAUUUCUUGGCGGGGAGCAGUGACUUUCUGGUCUCAGCCAAGAAAUAGUCUGGCCCGUGAACUACUGUAAAAUGGCACAAUGUUGGUUUUCAUCAUCCAUUAACAAGAUAUUAUAACAUGCUACUUACUCAGCUUUAGAGGCGCUUUUACUAGGAUGUUGUUACCUUUGGAAAGAGGGUAGCUAGCUCCCCUUCAUGCAAUGAUAAGCUAACUGGCUGCUGGUUGUAGCUUCAUAUUAAGCAGACAGUCAGUGGUAUGGAUCUUCUCAUCAUGUAAGUCUCUGCUCACAAGCAGAAAACUGUAUUUCCUCAAAUACUGAACUAUUUGAAAGUUUGGCCUUGUUUUUACCGCUGAAUAUCAACUCAUCUCAUGUCCUCUUCAAAAGUGAGUCCAAUAAAAUGUCAGAUUUAACUUUUCAUACUUCUAGUUUGCACAGGAUACAAACAAAUAAACAUUUUUAACUACUGA